UUUGUGAAAUGUGGCUAUGCAGGCUCAAAUUUUCCGGAGCACAUUUUUCCAGCUUUGGUUGGAAGACCCAUUAUAAGAUCAACUGCUAAAGUGGGAAACAUUGAAAUCAAGGAUCUCAUGGUGGGUGAUGAAGCGAGUGAGCUGCGCUCCAUGCUGGAAGUGAACUAUCCGAUGGAGAAUGGCAUAGUGCGGAACUGGGAUGACAUGAAACACCUCUGGGAUUACACAUUUGGACCAGAAAAACUUAAUAUUGACACAAAAAAUUGUAAAAUACUACUCACAGAACCUCCCAUGAAUCCAACUAAAAACAGAGAGAAGAUCGUGGAGGUUAUGUUUGAGACAUACCAGUUUUCUGGGGUGUAUGUAGCCAUUCAGGCUGUUCUUACUUUGUAUGCUCAAGGUUUGUUGACUGGUGUUGUUGUGGACUCUGGAGAUGGUGUAACUCACAUUUGCCCAGUUUAUGAAGGUUUCUCUCUCCCUCAUCUCACCAGACGGUUAGACAUUGCUGGGAGGGACAUCACUAGGUACCUCAUUAAGCUCCUCUUGCUACGAGGGUAUGCCUUCAACCACUCUGCUGAUUUCGAGACUGUCCGCAUGAUCAAGGAGAAGCUCUGUUACGUGGGGUACAACAUCGAGCAGGAGCAGAAGCUGGCACUGGAGACCACUGUACUAGUUGAAUCCUACACGCUCCCAGAUGGCAGAAUUAUCAAAGUCGGUGGAGAACGGUUUGAGGCACCAGAGGCUCUCUUCCAGCCUCACUUAAUCAACGUGGAGGGGGUCGGUGUGGCUGAAUUGCUGUUUAACACCAUCCAGGCCGCUGACAUUGAUACCAGGUCUGAAUUCUACAAGCACAUUGUGCUGUCUGGAGGGUCUACCAUGUACCCGGGGCUGCCUUCACGGCUGGAGAGGGAACUUAAACAGCUCUACCUGGAACGAGUUCUGAAAGGAGAUGUGGAAAAACUCUCGAAAUUUAAGAUCCGAAUUGAAGAUCCACCUCGUCGAAAGCACAUGGUGUUUUUGGGUGGUGCAGUUCUAGCAGACAUCAUGAAAGACAAAGACAACUUCUGGAUGACCCGACAAGAAUACCAAGAGAAGGGAGUGCGUGUGCUGGAGAAGCUUGGUGUGACUGUUCGAUAAACCCCAAAGCUUGUUCCCAUCACAUGUCUAAAGCUUUUUUUCUUUCAUUGCCAAUCUCUGAACUCACUCAGCUACAUGCUAUGGAAGGGCCCGUCUGUGGCCUUUUGACCCAAAGGUCAGGUUUUGUUCUGGUUUCUUGGGGUAGCUUUUGUUAAAUGUUUCUUAAUGUGGCUAAAUUUGACUAUUAAAUUUGACCACUUCCCUGCCAACAAAACAGAGCAAGAGCAGCCUGUCUACUUCAUUGUUCCUUCCCAGUAGGCAAUUGGGUAAUUCUGGUAGGCUUUUUCUUCUGGGUUUAUUGCUAUAGUACUGCUAGCUUUUGUCUCUAGCUCACAAGGGGUUGUGUGCCUUUUUUAGCAUAAGAAAACCUUUAAACAGGAGUUUUUGCUGUUGGAUCAUUGUGGUGGUUCUCUUCGAUACUCUUUGCCUCUCUCUCCAUUAAGAUUACUUUUUUUUUCCCCAUUCUUUCCUGCAGUUAGGAAUUUUGAUUCAACAUUGUUAGAAACUAGUUUAACUGGGUGGAAUGGCUUCAAUGCACUGUUUCGAUGUCGUGUGGUUCCAUACGCACUGCUGCCUAAGCUGGCUUUUGAGGUGGUUUAUCCUUAAAGGGUGGUGGUGGGGCUUUCAUACUGUAUUUCUCUAAGUGGGCAUGUGCACAGUUGCCACAAACUGGAGAAACACCUGGUGUUCUGGCAAAUGUAAAUUUGUGGCCUUAGGUGUCGUCUUCUGGUGGGAGAAGACAGGCUUGAGCUGUGUUGCUUUGCUGUUAAGGGACAGCUGGGGGUCAGUCUGACCAAAAAUGCCUCUUUUUAUAGCUAAAUUUUGGUACUGUGUUGUAUCAGCAUAGGGAGCAAGAAUGUUAAAUUAGCUAUUCUGUAAUUGUUGAAUAACUUAGAUACGCUGAGACAGGAGCCUCUAAACUUCUGAAGAGAUUUAAUACUUUCAGAAAUGCUUGUGAUAACUGUAACUAUAGAUAUUAAAACCCCCAGAACUAAGUUUCAAAAGUCUGAUGUUUUAAGUGCUUGUAUGUACAUCAGAAGCACUUCGAUUGAACUGUACAAGUAUAUUAACCUAGUGCCAAGUAGUUACUGCAAAUGAAUAUUUCAAUGACCAGUGUUUAUUGCACCAAGCAGAUAUUUAUAAACAACCACUGGCAGUAGGUUAUAAAGAAUGACCUAUAUUGGUUCCAGUUAAAAAUAACAUUGGAAUAUGAGAUAAUGUUGGUUGGUAAAUAUCCACAAUUCAUUUUGUCCAGUCUUGAUUUUUUUGAUACUUAAUGUGGGAUGGGGAAGGAAGUGAAAACCAGUGAUGAAAAUGCUGUUUCCAGAAAGAACAUUAAAGCUGAGUUGUUCU